CUUUUCUUCUGCUCCGUAUUUUUUAUACUGUUAUUUUUCUAUUAUAUCCCCUCGCUUCAAGUCUCCUACGCAGUAUUUGGCACAAAGCAUGGACAUGUCACUGGACGACCGCAACGAGGAGACGCUGAUGGCGCAGCGCCUGGUGCGGUUCAACCAUGAUGCCGUAGCGGCCAAACUCAAGGCACUGAGGGACACUCGCAAUAGACUCCGACAGACGCUCAUUGAUCAGGGCGUCAUAAGCGACCCGAAGAAACCCACGACCCUAGAAGGGGCCAAGCAGUUUGUCGGAACCUGCACGAAAAUGUGCCCCGACGAUGAGCGAGAGGAGCGCGAACUGCAAAACAACCUCCACAAGUAUGAGGUGAUUCCUGGGACGAAAGCGGGCGGAUCCGGCAAAGACAGUCAAGAUCUACCACCGGUCGUCUGCGGGCGAUGAGGAGCCUCUGCCAUCAGAUGUGCGGACACCCGAGACACUGCUGAAGACGCUGGAUUACUUGAUGAAUGUGGUGGUUGCGGGUGACCAAACAUUGGAGAACUGUCACGGGUUUGUACGCGACCGGACGCGGGCGAUCCGGGUGGACUUUACGCAGCAGAACGCCUGCAGCCGGGAGUCGGUGAUAGCACACGAGCGGAUUGCGCGGUUUCACAUUGUCUCCCUACAUGUGCUGUGCGGGAACAAGGACUUUGAUGAGCACCAGGACAUGGAGCAGCUGCACAAGACGUUGAAGACCCUGAUUGAGGUCUACGAGGACCUGCGGGCUGAGGGCUUGGAGUGUCCGAACGAGGCUGAGUUUACGGCGUACUACAUCGUGUCGCAGCUGCAUGAUUCCGAUGCCAAGCGUAUGGCUGACCAGCUGCCGCUGCAGAUCUUCCUCACGCCGAUUGUUCAGCAGGCGCUGAAGCUACACAGGCUAUCGCAGACAAGCAACGAGAUCGUCAACAAACAGCUGCCGCCGAAUCUGUUUGGUGCGCAGAUCCAGACCACGCAGUUCUUCCGCGCCGUAGCCUCGGCCGAGACACCACUUGCUGCUGGCAUGCCUGGCCGAGUACGAGUUUCCGCGCAUCAGACGAGCGGGACUCAAGGCUAUGAAU